AAUUAACAUCCCCUUUGCGCUUGAGAUGUGAAUUAUAGGUACAUACCUCUUGCCCAAUUCGCGCGAAUGUAGCCAGCCGUUUUUGAAAGACGCUAGUUUUUAGUCUUGCCUCUAUCUAUUCUCUAUCUGUAUCUCUUUGAAAUCAUCCAAUCAAAUAUCUACUUCGUUAUAUUUCCCUGUAUUUAUUAAUUCAACCACCGUACAUACCUAGAUAUUCCUUGUGAACCAGCUUCAGGUUCAACCCGAUGAACCCUUUCGGAGUCGGUAUUCACGGACAUCCCGGUAACGAUCUGGCGCAAAUUAAUUGCUGCCAAUCGAGGACGACCGCUUUCUACCCUGCAAUUGUAUACAACCCAAGAUUUUGCAGUAUCGCUACCCUAGCCUCGGUUGUCGCGGCCCUCCCAAGCACGAAUGUCGAGCUUGUCGACCGGAAGAACCAAUGUCAGUAUGGGUUGGGCCGUAGACGACGCGCCGAAUGAUCACAAGGAUGGUUCAAAUUUAGGCGAAUGGAGUUCGCUGAUUGGCAUCAUAACGGCAAUAUCGGGCAACGUCUUGAUCGCCUUGGCUCUCAAUGUCCAAAGAUAUUCGCAUAUUAAACUCCACCGUAAGCGAGUCGAAGCACGGGAACGGGCGAGGCAGGCUUCGAAGAGAGCAAGAAACGGACAUCAUAAUGGCUAUGGAACAACCGAGGCAUCCGUCGGCGAUGAACAGAAUCAUAGCGACGAAGCAAACGACACGGCCGGUGUGCAUUCACUUUCACAGUCGAUACAAUCGGUUAGUUCUAACGAGACUGAACGAUCGCGCGACGGUGCCAAGGCUUCUACCUCCUAUCUGAAGUCCACGUCCUGGUGGCUAGGCCAAGUCCUUAUGACCGUUGGUGAGAUGGGCAACUUUUUAGCCUAUGGAUUUGCGCCAGCUUCGAUCGUGUCGCCGUUAGGUGUCGUAGCCCUAAUAUCAAACUGUGUCAUCGCGCCUAUCUUCUUUGGUGAAAGGUUCCGAAAACGCGAUUUCUGGGGUGUGGUGAUUGCUGUUGCAGGUGCUGUUACGGUCGUGUUGAGCGCCAAGCAAGAAGAGACAAAGUUGGACCCGCACGAUGUUUGGGAUGCUAUCAAGACGAUGGAAUUUGAGAUUUAUAUGGGCGUUUCUAUUCUGCUUAUUAUAGUUCUGAUGUGGGCGAGCCCAAGAUAUGGCAACAAGACAAUCCUUAUUGAUCUGGGACUUGUCGGAUUAUUCGGGGGAUAUACCGCUCUUACAACGAAGGGUGUCUCUUCCAUGCUUUCAUCAACUCUUUUAAAAGCGUUUACUACUCCAGUAACAUAUGGCCUCAUAAUUAUUCUACUAGGGACCGCAGUUAUGCAAGUCCGAUAUGUGAAUAAGGCACUACAACGAUUCGAUUCGACACAGGUUAUACCCAUACAAUUUGUAUUAUUCACUUUGUCAGUAAUUAUUGGAAGUGCUAUUCUGUAUCGAGACUUCGAGCGCACAACGGCACAGCAGGCCGUUAAAUUUAUUGGCGGUUGCCUUCUCACAUUCUUCGGUGUCUUCCUUAUUACGAGCGGCCGGCCGCGGCAGGGAGAUACGGACGAGCUGUCGGACGACGAAAACGUGGAGGAGACUAUUGGUCUCCGAGACCAAGAAUCGUCCAGCUCUUACACUAACCGGGGCGAGCAGCCCAGAUCAGACGAACAACAGCCAGCUUCAUCGCCGCUAUCAAGGCGUCCGUCGCAUGUCUCGCGAGUCAGUUAUCAAAAUGCAGGUGCUAAACCCUUGCCGCAACCGCCAAGCAAAACCCCCUCAAUUCGCAAAUUUGACGGGGCAGCUUCGAGAACGUCUCUUCACCCAGCGCCAGCUGAGGCGGCGCCACUGCUCGAUAACCCGUGGAGGAAUUCCCUUGAUGAUCGAUCUUUCCAUCCAGGUCUAUCGCUUAGAUCGUCCGCGGAUAGUGUCCCGACGGUGAAUUCGAUAGCCUCUGCCAUAUCAGAACCCAUUCAAUCUACUACGAGCCUUCCUCAGCCAGUUGUCCCAUCAUCAUCUCCAGAUCGACCCACGACUCCACGUGCUUCUCAGACUGCUAGGCCACACAGCCAUCAUUUUUCCAAUGCUUUCAUUUCUCCAUCGCCGCUAUCGUCAACCGUCAGUGCCGUGGUAUCUGAUGCUCUCCUGCGUAAUGAAGAGAAUCCGAGUGGCCGGAGAAGAUCUAUCCGGAGAGCGAGGCCUAGUAUUAGAUCGAGUCUGUUUGUCCCACACAGUGAGGACGACCUUAACUCCGCAGCCGAGCCUCUUCUUCAAGAUUAUCGAGACGAAGAGGAGCUUUCCUACCAGGACGAUCCCUUGCCAAUCGACCUUAAAUCGGUCCGAGCACGAGCGCGCAGCUUGAGUAGUACAAUAGGAGAGUUCUUCGGACGCAAGAGGAGGAGAAGAGUUUCGGAUCCGGAAUCAGUCACAGAAUACGAGAGCGCGCCUAGCGAUACCUCGCGAGUCGAUCAAACGGCCAACAGCUAGAGUUGGGCGCUGGCCCAUUUACAAAAACCACAUCCCAUAUUAAUACAUUCCCCAGUGCCGAACUGACAAUUCCUUUGUGGGCGGGAGCGGGGGCGGCAUUGCAUUGGAUAAGGAGUUUGGUGUUUUCUCAUCGGGAUUUGUCGCCAGAGGCGCGCGGCUCUGUUCAUACCCCAACUCGUACAGGGUUCAUCAGCUUUUUCGAACCCCCACGUAGAUCUUUAUUGAAGAUAUUAAUUGAGAUAUCCCAUUUGUUCAGGCGCGAGAGUCGGUAGGAUUUAAGAUUUGAUUUAUCAUUACGGCCAUAUAUUUUACCACCUAUCAUAGUCUAAUUGCAGCAUUUACAACA